CCUUGUAUCCCGGCAAGACUGCCCCUUACCAGGCAUUUAGUUUCUCAUCAUUUAUCUGCAUAGUGUAUAAGUGUGAGUGUGUGCGCGCGCGCGCGUGUCUAAUCUAGUCCCUCUUAAACUGCGUUUUAGUGGUUAUAUUUUGUACCCAUCACCAACCUCCAACCACACCUUGGUAAUCUUCAAAGUUAAAAAAUAUCAUAGCUAGUUUACAGUUAUAUUUAUAAAGCUAUUAUUAAAUGUUGUAAUAAUGGCUGUCCUCCCGGUAUUGGUCCCAGUGUGAUUCUCAUAUAUCGCAAUUCUAGGCCGUUGAGGAGCUGAACACAGCUAUCAUACUUACAUAUUACUACCCUGCAGGCAGUUGUACAUCCUUUCUCCACCUCCCGACGCCCCUACAUCCCCAUAUACAGCCCCACAAACAGGUGCCCAAUCCCAAUCAUAAUCUUUCCAGGAUUUUGAACUAUAGGGAAAACAUCACACUGAAACUACAGAAGAAAGAGCCUGGGGAUAAGGUGUGGUGAGGGAUAGCUGUUCCAGGACUAGGGAAUAGGAAAAGGGAGUGGGGGGGGGGGGGGGGGGGAGGGAGAGGGGAGGAAAGGAGAAGGACCUGAUGGAAAAAACUGCCAAUAAAGGACAGACAUAGGCCACAAUGUGGAUAUUAUCUUCUGCUUGUGUUUUCAGUCUGGAAUGGUGGAAUUUAGCAGGUGAAUAUGGGAGUAAAAACUAGCAGUAAAGUACUGAGACUGAGAAGAAGCAGCUAGUUGUAGUGGAAAUAAACAGCAUUGGAUUGAAAGCCAAGUGUUCUGGAUUCCAGUUUUUACUCUACUACUUCCUUUCUAUGUGAUCUUAGGAAAAUGAAUUAACCUUUCUGACCCUCAGAUUUUUUUAAUCUGCAAAAUUAUAGGGGGUGGGAAGGGAGUUGAAUUAGAUGAUCUUUAAGGUUUAUUCUAGCCCUAACAUUUUAUUAUAAGAUUUUUUAGCUGGGAGAAACUUUGAAGUCUUUCUUGCAGUUGUUUUGCAGACGAACAAGCUGGGGACUCCAGAGGUCAAGUAAUUUUUUUCAGUCAUACAGGUCACAAGUAGUAUAGUAAUAAUCUGAACCAAGAUUUUGAUUCCAAAUCCAGUGCUCAUUCCACUAUGCAAAAAGAUGAGGUUACCAACCUGAGAAUCAAUUCCUCUCAUUUAAGCUCAGGCUAUUAAGUACUAGAAAAAGUAAGAACAAUAAAUACACAAAUCCAAAAUCUAGGUUUGAGCAGACUAGCCUGGCUCCAAUAUGGGGUACUUACUCAAGUCAUGUUCCUGAAAGAAUCUGGAGGGUGGAGAAAACAGCUUCCUUUCCUACUUAUUUCGAUUAGGUAGAUAGAAGGAAGUGGGAAAGAGGGAGAGAAUAAGCAGAAUAUUUGUGAGAUUAAAUUCUAGUCUAGUUCACGGAGAGGAUAGGUGCUAAUAGGUGACGAUAGAUCUAGAGAUCUGGAAAAAUGGGGAUUGAGGAAAUGGAGAUGAAGAGAGACUGAUUAGGGAGAUGAAUAUAUAGAAAAUAAAAAUGGAGGCAUAUGUGCCAGGGAAGUCUGUUGGAAGGCUUGUGACUUCCCAACCUUAGUUAUCUCCCUUCCCUCCAGCAAGUCACAAGAACUUUUACCCUGGCCCCACCCUGCCCUUGACAAUCCUUUCAUGAAGGGACAGGAGUGUUCUUCAAGCUUUUCAUUCCCUGGAAUCCACAUUAUCAGAACAGCCAACUGUUUCCUGCCCAUCUGAAGAAGUCACCAGAGCUUCGGUUCCAGCAAAGUCAUGGAGGAGAGAGAGAUCCUGCCUGCGGAAGAGAGGCAAGUAGUUCGGGAAGAAAAGUUGAGGCAUUGGGCCCAACACAGAGAGAGUGGACGUCUCCUGGUGUUAUCGGUGAGCCAGCUCUGGAUGGCAGUGGCUUCUGUAUCCUUUGCUGUUUCCAUUUCUUGCCUGGAAUCAGACUGCCACAUGAAUGUAGCACUACCCCUGUGGCCAGGAGUUUCGGGUCUCCUUACUGGGAUCCUGACACUAGAACUUCGAAGAACACCCCGCCUCUGGAAGGUGAGAGCUAUGAUGAUACUGAAUUUAUUUGGAAUGAUCCUGGGACUUGUGGUGGUGGUAGUCCAGGGAAUCAAGCUGGCCUUGGGUCCACUACAAUCAACUUCCUACCAGUGGGUUGGCUUGCUGAUCCUGGAAUUGAGUGCAGAGGCCUACAUCCUAGGUGGAGCUCUAGCCUCUGCCUUUUCCCUACUCCUGCUGAGCCAAAGAAAGCCAGGAUGCUGUGGUGUUCGGAGACUGCGCUACCAGGAGCUACAAGAGGGCCUAUCAGAAAUGGAAGAAGUUAAAGGUACUGAAAAUAUUCCCUCUACAGCUUGCGCAGCAAAUGAAUGAAUCCGGAAAGUGGAACAGAGGAGUAUUUCUAGAAUGCUUUUUAAGGAUGGACCAAAUAGUCCUUGAUCACCCUGUACAGACACUGAUGCCAGAGGAACGGAAGAGG